AAUGCACUCCUCCUGUCACAACAACACAUCGCCAUUUCAGGGACGGGGGAGACAAAGGUAUUAGGUCAGCGCCUGUCAAUACAUUCAGCGGGUCAUAUUUUCAUAAGACUCUUCAGUGUCUGACUUGGUUGUUAUUUUUGACUGAUAGGAUAUCUUUGUUUGGUGUGAAUGAGUUUUUCAAGCGCGGGGCCGGGUUGAACAUACAAGUACGGGAUCCGAUUUUCUUUCUACUGCAAACAGCUAGCAAGUCGGCUAGUUCAGUGUCAACACAACAAGCAGGAUGAAGAGGGUGAAAGGAGACAAGGAGGAAAGCAACAGCACAUCUCAUGAAAGCCCACCGGAGGUUUGCAAAAAGGUCCGGAAGCAGCUGAGUGAGGAACCAGAUGAGGAGGACGUGCAGUGUGACCUCGGUUGUGACUGGACACGGCUACCUCAAGAAAUCGUGCUCCACAUCUUCCAGUACCUCCCGCUGCUGGACAGAGCCCUCGCCUCACAGGUGUGCCGCGGAUGGAACGAGGCCUUCCACAUGCCGGAGCUGUGGAGAUACUUUGAGUUUGAGCUCAACCAGCCUACGAGCUCCUAUCUGAAGGCCACUCAUCCGGACCUCAUCAAGCAGAUCAUCACACGGCAUUCCAACCAUUUACAGUAUGUCAGCUUCAAGGUUGACAGUAGCACAGAGUCAGCCGAGGCAGCGUGUGCCAUUCUUUCUCAGCUGGUGAAUUGUUCUCUGAAAACCCUGGGGCUGAUAUCCACAGCAAGGCCUAGUUUCAUGGAACUGCCCAAGUCCCACUUCAUCUCAGCGCUGACCGUGGUGUUUGUCAACUCCAAGUCGCUGUCCUCUCUGAAGAUCGACGACACACCGGUGGACGACCCGUCUCUGAAGGUGCUGGUGGCCAACAACAGCGACACCCUGAAGCUGUUGAAGAUGAGCAGCUGCCCCCACGUCUCGCCAGCAGGCAUCCUGUGCGUGGCAGACCAGUGCCACGGGCUGCGGGAGCUGGCGCUGAACUACCACCUCCUGAGCGACGAGCUGCUGCUGGCCCUCUCCUCGGAGAAGCACGUGCACCUGGAGCACCUGCGCAUCGACGUGGUCAGCGACACCCCCGGCCAGCACUUCCACGCCAUCAAGAAGAGCAGCUGGGAGGCCAUGGUGCGCCACUCGCCCAAGUUCAACCUGGUCAUGUACUUCUUCCUGUACGAGGACGAGUUCGGCCCCUUCUUCUGCGAGGAGACGCCCGUCACGCACCUGUACUUCGGCCGCUCGGUCAGCAAGGACGUGCUGGGCCGCGUGGGCCUGCACUGCCCCCGCCUGGUGGAGCUGGUGGUGUGCGCCAACGGCCUGCGGCCCCUGGACGAGGAGCUGAUCCGCAUCGCCCGGCACUGCACGCAGCUGUCGGCCCUCGGCCUGGGCGAGUGCGAGGUGACGUGCAGCGCCUUCGUGGAGUUUGUCAAGAUGUGCGGCGGCCGCCUGUCCCAGCUGUCCAUCAUGGAGGAGGUGCUGAUACCCGAUCAGAAGUACACCCUGGACGACAUCCACUGGGAGGUGUCCAAGCACCUGGGCAGGGUCUGGUUCCCGGACAUGAUGCCCACCUGGUAAAGGCCAGGCCACAGACUUUGGAACGGGGUGUGAUCAGAGGGACUUGGAGGGGCGUUGGCUUGAUGGGUCCCGUGUAGCACAGAGCCCGUCCGAGGUUCUGUAGCGGACUCCCCUGACCAUCUUUUCCCUUGUAGAGGGAAGGCUGUGGGCUAGGAUGUGAACUGAAAAGAGACAGACACAUUAUACGCCAACCAGAGGAAUACUGUCUAGAGCUCGAGCUGCACACCAGAAGGUCCAGAAGGGGGUCCUCCUUCAUGGGAGGAAUUCAGGCCCAGGAUGCUUUACUUUGGACAUUCAUCUCACACUUCAACAGGCAGAUAAUUGUACCUAAACAGAUGUUUUUUAUGACUGUGCACAUUUGAGCUACAAUGAAUUUGUAGCGUGCUACUUAUAAUCCGUAUUGACACGGCCAUUUGGACGUCAGUGGCUGUAUAUAUUUAAGAGAUUAUUUUGAUUGUUUUUCACUACUAUUCCAACACCACCAUAGGCUUAUCUGGCCGGUCAAAGGUAAUGGAAGUCAUAUGGAUUCUUACAGGUCAAUUGUUCUUCAAGCCAUUCGAUUUUCAAAAAUAGAAUGCUUACAUUAUCUUAUUUACCACUAAUAGAACAAAAAACAAUAUACAUUUUAGCAUUGCAACAUGGUAUUUAAAAAGAUAAACUGGUCAGUGUUUACUGAUAACCAUCAAAACACUUCCCAGAUUGUCAAUAAUAUGAAUUAUUAUUAUCAACAUAUCAUUACACA